CUCUUCCGGCGCCUACCCAGGCGGGGAUGCUGCGGCUCCGCAGCGUGCUGAGGCAGCUCCGGGCAACACCCAGUACUCGGGGCUCAGCUCGGCUUCCUCUUCGCGCUGAGAUGCCUAAGAAGGCUGGUGCGACGACCAAGGGGAAAAGCCAGAGCAAGGAACCAGAGAGACCACUUCCUCCCUUAGGUCCUGUGGCAGUUGAUCCUAAAGGUUGUGUCACCAUAACCAUCCAUGCAAAACCUGGCUCCAAACAAAAUGCUGUAACAGAUUUGACAGCAGAGGCCAUAAAUGUAGCUAUCGCAGCACCUCCAUCAGAGGGAGAGGCUAAUGCUGAGCUCUGUCGGUAUCUUUCCAAGGUCCUAGAAGUCAGGAAGAGUGAUGUGGUUUUGGAUAAGGGAUGGACCUAUGGUAUCAACCAGCCACAGAUGAUCUUUUGGGACAACAUUGGAGAUAAUGAUCCUUCAUGCACUGAUAGUUGAAUUCCUCAGAAGCAAGAUGUUUCUCUGGCACCCGGAGGCCUCAACGGUGUCACAACAGCUGAAGUGUCACUUCUUCCUCAUCCUGGGCACACUGUGAUGUAGUGCAGCCCCACUGAUUGGGACCCAUGCAGCCAGCCUGGCCCAGGGCCGCUCUCUCCCAGAAUGUCCACAGGUCAAGGGUUCUCUACUUCCAUCCUUAUUUUCCUCAAAAGCUGGUCCCAGCAGUAAUCGACCAGACUUCUAGAAAAGAGGAGAUAUCUGCUCUCAAGGCUGCUAUGGGCUCCAGUGUUGUAAUCUGCUACUUGAAUCUAGUUGUUUAUUUCAUUCUAUAAUAAUUUAAUAUAGCAGAUGUCAGGAAAAAUCUUUGUUUAGAUAUUAUGUCAUCUCUGGAUAUAUCUGAAUCCUAAAGGAUUAAUCUUAAUAUUAACAAUAUUCACUUCUGCCAGUGUCAAGAGUAUUUUCUGCUGUAGGGCUUAAAUCAAUUUUAAAAUUUGAGAGUUUUAAAAGCAUAUCUUUCUGUGUUCAUAAAUAAACAGAAUAAAAAUUCUUUGAGUACCUUAUAUAAUUUUUCACACAGAAUUAACCAAAGCCUUAUUUAAUAUUUCAAAAUCCUCAUUUAUACAUAUUAAAUAUGUGUCUUUGGUUAAAAUGCAAGAUACUGAAAGAAAAAUUCAAAUAGGCAUUUCAGUAAAUAGUUUACAUAUAAUAUCUAAUUUGUCUGACAUUACAAAGUAAGUAUUUUCACAAGUAACGUUUCCAGCUAACUGAAGUCCAAUAAUAAUAAAGGCCACCUUAAGCUGGGAGUAUUUGUUUCCUAUAUUGCCUAAUUAAAAAAAAAAAAUCCUUUUCACUGUAGAUAAUUGUGCUAAUUAAAAGAAGUCAACAGUCUAUGGCAUAGAUUUCCAUACAUAGCCAGAUCUGUGUUUGGAUAGAAUGAAUCAAAUGAUAUAGGAAGUCUAGGAAAAUUUUUAAGGUAUAAAAAAUUGUAUUUCGGUUUGGCUUGAACUUGUUUAAAAAUAGAUAAUGUGUUUUAAAAAAAUUACAUUUAGGAAACAAGUGUAAUUCUUUUAUGAGAGUUCAAAAUUAGUGCUGUCAAUAACCUUCAGGGCAAAUGAUCAUUUCCUUCAAUUUUAACAUUCUAAACUUAAAACUGAUAUUUCAUUACUCUUAAUUCUAUCAUAAAGUCCUAUAUUUUUCUUUAGGUGAAUAAAAUACAAGGGGUAAUUACAUAUUUGUCUGUUGAGCAUUAUAAGGAAAGUGGCUUUGGGAACAAAAACCAUGCUAGAAAUCUCCCCAGAUGUCUUUUUCCUAUGUGGUUUCGGGAACCCCAAAACUAUUCUCAGAGCAGUGACUCAAGUUUAUUACAUUCUGUGUAACCCCAAGUCCACCUAGCACUCAAAAACAAAACACAAACAAAAAACUCUAAAAGUCCCCAGCAUCCUGUUCUCAAAAGGACAUUAAUCUGAUGUGUUCAAUAAUUAAUAUUUGACAUUCUAAAUUCACUACCAAUUUUCAAAUGUCAAAUGCUAUAAUUUUAUUUUAUGUAUUUAUUUAUGUUUGAGAUGGAGUCUUGCCCUGUCACUGAGGCUGGAGUGCAGUGGCGCAAUCUUGGCUCACUGUAACCUCCACCUC